GUUCUAUGGCUUCUCACGUAGGGCUCCAUCUAUCAGCCUAAUUUGUAAUAUUGCUACUUUUUUGUUUUUGUAUGCAGUGUGUGAUUGAAAAUCCGCGAAACUUAAACAUCUUAUGUAUUCUUGUGGCGACAUUAUAACCGAGAUUUAAAUGAAUUCCUUCGGGUUUUUAGCUUUUUUGUGUUACAUUUAGACGAAAGUACAGACUAUGUUCGAGGAUGAUUUACUGUUAUCAACUAAAUACGUGGAUUCAAGGAAUGGUGAAUGUGAUGUAAGAGUUCCAGUGCCAGUUAAUUUUGAAAAUACAUCUCCAGUGAAUAUUUAUUCACCGAACGGUAAUGCAAAUGAAUUCAAAUUCAAGCAUGUUCAAGAAGAGAAAUUUGCAAGAAUUGUUAAAUGUGUUAAAAGAAAUAAGAAAAAGGAACAGGAGGAUAAAGCAUGGUUAAAACUGUUAACUAAAAGGAGAAAGAAAUUCAAGUGGAAUGCAGAGAAUGAUGAGUCUGAAUCUCUAAUGCCAUCAGCUUUAAGUACAUCAGCACAGAAUGAUCUUCAGAAAUAUUACAUUACAGAUUUGAGUGUGCCAGGGUCUGAACAUAUGCAAGAUGAUUGCCAAAAGUAUGAUGCAGUUUCAAAUGAAUCUGUUACAGAAGGAUGCAGGGGAACAGUGUUGGACAUCUCAGAUUUAGGAAAAAAAUGCAUGCAUGAUAUAGAUGGUAAUGUUUCAGUUGUACAGAAGACCAACAAAGAACAUAUACAAAUGGCAAAGGUCUUAUCAGAGCCUACAUUUUUUAAGCACAGAAGUAAUGUAUCAUCUGAAACUACUGAGGAGGAAACUUUAUGUUCACCAGACAGCCAGUACUGUAUGCUGAAUGAUAUUGAAGGUAUUCAUGAACAAAGGCCAGUUGAGGUGAACAUAAGUUACAAAUCAGACCUCCUGGAAUCUUCCCAGGAACAUUGUGUAUUUGAAAAAGAAUUAUAUCAUGUCCUGCCUCCAGUCAUUCCCAAAUUGAGCUUUCAUGGAAUGAAUAAAGAAAGUAUUCAUUCACAAAGAAUGAGAAUUAUAUGGAAAAAGAUGGAUGCAGCAUUUGAUGGCAUAGUCAACCUCUAUGACAAGAUUCCUGAACCGGAUGGCAGUCAAGACUUGCUGAGACGAUGUAAGAGGGCAGCUGAAUUUUCUUCUCGCCUCUCCAGGAAUUAUCUCUAUCAGCUUAGACAACAAGUAUGUGAGCUCAAGAAACAAAUCAGAGAAUAUGUGUCACUGUCCAGAGUAUGGCACACACUUCACCAAUCAGUGUGUCAAAAUCUUGUUGUAGCUCAUCACUCAGCUCUUCAAGGCCUGCAGGCAUAUCUUCAUCACAUGCCAACAUCUGUGCAGUGUGCUGCUAGUGACAAAUUGAAAGAACUGCUGUGUUACAUUAUUGAACUUUCCACGCUCUGCAACAGGGCAGGAGUUGUGACUGCAGUUUCAACUUCCAAACCAGGAUCAGAUCAUAUUGAAAAGAAAUGCAAAGCACUCCUGCAGCUGAUCAACAGUAAACACUCCAUCAAUGAAUCUGAUCUGCCUGCAUCUCAUGAUGUAGCUGUCAGUGUCAUGACUACAACUGGUCAGAGAGAAUGGGAAAGCAGUUUACGAGAGCCAGAGCAGACAAGAGUUUCUGUGAUUUCAGGAGGAUGUUCAGUUAGCAAAAUAAUUUCCUGGAAAGAGUCUGCUACCAAGCUUGCCAGGGCAGUGUAUGGUUCUCCUGCCAAAAAAUGCAGCUCUGCCAUAUUUAGGAGGCAUCAUACAAGGUUUCCCAUUUCGAAAGUUAAUACUGAGGAUAAGCCAUCACCUUCUGUGAAAUGUGAAUCUGAAUUGAAGAUGCCAUGUGAGUCUUCAUCAGCCAUGGACAUGAGACAUCCGCCCAAUAAACUUCUAGAAAUCUGUGAAGAAGAGUUCCAGAAGAAACUGGGAUCUGUGUUAAGAAAUCUUAUAGAUAACUUAAAAGCUGAGAGGGAUCAAGAAAAUGUAAAACAGUCAGAUGGGCAGUCUUCAGCAUUUGUGGAUGACAUGCAGUCACUUUCAUAUCAGGUCAAAAACACUGCCUCACAGCCACUGCAGCAGAGUAAAAGUGACAACAGUCUGCACACUACACAUGCAAAGGAUGAAAGACGAGUCACCAAAAUAGGGCCACAUAAUGCCCAACUGAUCUACUUACCACCAGAUGAUACUAUUUCACAUGAUGCAUUGUUGGGUCCUUCAGCUAACAAAGAAAGCAAAAUCACACUCAUCCCUGGAAACUGUGAUACUGGUGUCCAAAAUGGAAACUCUAAGCAUAAAUCAAGAUCCCCUAUGCAGAAAACAUCUUACCACACUAGCAAAGGAUGUUUCAAGUUGAAGCAAAAUGUGACCUUAAAUUCUGUCAAUAUAUGCCAUCAGCCCAGAUCAAAGGAUUCACCUGAACUAGACCAUUCUAUGGAAUCUUUUAGAAAGGCAUCUACAGCUACUAAAAAUAUGAAAGUGUGUGUAGGAAGAAAUCAACGUGGGAGUAGAGUGCAAAGUCCACUGCUGUCUUUGCCCAAGAAAGACAUACUGUCUGCCAUGGAUUAUCAUCAGAAAUUCCACUGCUACCUGAAGUCUAAUCCCAUGUAUAAAGGUACUGCACCACCAUGGAUCACGAUUGGCAGAUUGUCAGACCAUAUUGUUGAACAAGUCUUGCAAGAAGUAGUGGGUGAAAUGAAACUGGAAUCCUUGGUAAAAAAUAUUUAUACUCUAGAACUUCAAGAGUGAGUUUAUCUUGGCAACUCUUUAAUUCAAGAUGAAGUAAAUGGACUGAGUUAUUAUUAUUAUUCACUCUCCUGGAAACCUUCCAACACAUUGCCACCCCAAUUCCAGUAAUUUUGAUUUAUUGGAGUCUAAUAUGCUACACAUCUUCCAGAUUAUAACAUCUCACUCAACAAGUCUAGCAAAAAUCAAAAAGUUAAAUGAAAUUGUUUUUGGUAUAUAUAUUUUAAAACUUCAAGAGUGAAAGGUUUUUCUUUUCCAGACUUAAUUAACGGUGAAAAUACUUGUAAAUGAAGACUGAUUCACUGCCAUUCUUCUUCAAUACAUCCAUCCAAACUGAAUCUGAAUUAUUUCCUUUUUUAAAUGCUCUAUAAUUCAGCAUUGUACCAUGUUCAUUCUUGUUGCUUUAAGUAAAUAAAAUUAUAUUUGUCUCGAGAUGCAUCAACAUUUAGAGUUACAACUAACAUCAUCAGACACCUCAGUUCUGCUUGUUUUUAAUGUUGAGACUGCUCUGUGUGUAGAAUUUUUGUAAGGUAAUAUAUGUGAAAUGAAUAACCUUUCAGAAACACAAAAGAAUUAUACAUUGUUAUGGUUGGUAAAUUGUACAUGAUUCACACUUUUAUUAAUGAAAAUGAAACAGUACACGAUAUGAAAUACUAAUCACAGUUUAAUCAAGCCUCAGAGAAAGCCAUAGUAUGUAUUUGGUCUUCAUACAGAAAUGGACACUUAAACAGUCAAUUUCUAACUACAUAAAAACAAAGUGGCAGGCAUAUGUCAAGUGUAAUCAUUUCUGAACACUUAACAGAAUAGCUUGCAUUUAUUACUGUUAAAACAUCAAGACCGUAAAACAUGACCAAAAAUUUAUGGUUCUAACAUACUAAUUUAUUUGUAGUCAAAUGAUGAACUGCUUAAGAUGAAAUGUUACAGACUUUGAUACUCAAUAAAGUACAGUUGAUAAGGUUGUGGUCAUCUGCCAAUUCUAAAUGGUCCUAAUGAUGGUACAUAAAACUCAGGAUUACUUUUUGGACUCUGCCCAUUGUCUGGUAUCCUACAGAACACAGCAUUAUGGAAAUUAGAUCUGUCUGUCCUUAGGUGAAAGGAUGAGACACCUACUCUGCUGGUUCUGUUCAAAAGAGCUAUUCUCAAUCACAGUGACAAGCUACUUCUUUUCAACUGAAUCAACAAAGUAACUAGCUACCUCCCACCCUUUCAUCUGAAGACACAAACAUAUCCAGUUUCAGAAAUGUCAUGUCCUUUAGAAUAUCAGAAAAUGGACAAGAUCCAAAAACUGAUUAAUCCUGAGCGUGGUCAUCUGAGUUACGAUGCUGUCUUGUCUUGUAGGCAAUUACAACUAUUUUUGAGGAACAUGCUAUCCCCAUCUUCAUUCUGCCCUGAAAUUGGAAACACCAGGAUACUCUGAAACACUGGUAAAUAACUACAGAACUACAUGGCAUCAUAAUCCAGAGGACCACAAUCUAAAUUUUCACUCGAAUUUCAUACAAGUCAUACCACAGUUUGGUACAGACAAAAUUAUGCCUGAUCCUUACAUGUACAGUGAAAUCCCCAGUCAGCUCUAUGAACCAAUAUCAAGGAGGGCUUACACUGUAAGUUCUACUGGGCUCACAUUCAAAGCAACUUCAUCACCUGUUCUCCAGAUGCUUAAAAACAUGAACAUAACCUAAAACCCUGUUCUAAUAAAA